UGGGAGGGUGUUGCUCAUGAUUCACGUAUAUUCAUGGAGGCCUUGAGAAGACCAGAAUUGAAAUUUCCUUAUCUCCCUUCUGGCAAAUAUUAUUUAGUUGAUCUUGGAUAUCCACAUAUGAAUGGAUAUAUUGGACCUUAUAGCGAUGAACGAUAUCAUCUUCCUGAAUUUCGACGUGGGAGUCAGCCAAGAGGGAAAAAAGAGAUAUUUAAUCAGAGGCAUUCAUCCCUAAGAUGCACAAUAGAAAGAACUUUUGGUGUUUGGAAAAAUAGAUGGACAAUGAUUCGUCUCAUGCGUAACUUCCCUUUUGAAAAACAGGUACAAAUUGUUGUUGCUUCAAUGACCUUACACAAUUUUAUUAGGAAGCAUUCCAUGACAAAUCAAGAGUUCCAACCUUAUGAUGAUGAUGAUGAGCUACUUCCGCCUAGACAUGAGGAAGAUCAUAAAGAUGAAGAAAUUGUUGAUAAAAAUUUUACUCAUAGGCGAGAGAUGGAUGUUGAACGAAAAAAGGAUUGCUAAUCUUCUUAUAUCUAGUUAAUGCUUAUUUCACAUUUGAUUGU